GUCAUGUAGACUUGGUACUAGGGGACAUGGUUUAGUGGGGGCAUAUUGGCAGUAGGUGCAUGGUUGGACUAGAUGAUCUGAGAGGUCCUUUCCGACCUUAGUGAUUCUUUGAUUCUCUGUCAGUAGAACACAUGAUGAAGGGAGAAUUGAGAUGGAGUUGAGAAAAAUGUUAAGUCAAAGAUCAAAUUCUAUGUUUUCUUGUAGUCUUUAGAGUAGUCUCUUGCAGCCAAGAAAAUGCAAAAAUAUUGGCUACAUGCCAUAGUGUGUAAAAAUGCUGCAUUCAUUUGCAUAAAUAUUGUAACAGUUUAAUGAGGACACCAGUAAAUAGUUAAUAUAUGUGACAGUGUAUUUGUUCAUGUUGUUUGUACUGAACUUGGUAAGAAAUGUCAUUUUUGCUGUUUCAGACCUACAAAAUCUAACCUGUAUUAUGUUUCCUUGUUGACAAAAAGGCAGAUUUCCGGUUUAGAAAUACCUUCAUCUUCCUUCCUGUGAAAAUACUAUGAAUCCGAAGGCAUUAAUUUUCCUUCUCCCAAAUUUUAUUUUUGGGAUAUUUCUUUUCGGAUUUUUCUGUAGAAGACAAAAAAAUCUAAUGGUUGCUGAUUCUUUUCCUGGUCCCACUGAAGAUUGGCUAACAAUUCAAAAUGAUCGCAGAAAUACACUGGCUUCCAUCUGCCAGAAGAACAAUCUCAUUAAAUUAAAAAGUAAACUGGAUUCUCAUGUUGCAAGCCAGAUUUUCGUGGAGCACAAACAUAAAUUUAUCUACUGUGAGGUGCCCAAAGUAGGCUGCUCUAACUGGAAGAGAACUAUUUUUAUUCUCCAAGAAGGCUUGAAUGUGGAAGCUUCUGAAAUUGAGCAUGACCAUAUUCACCAAACCUCACUGAUCAAAAGGCUGAGUGCUUUCCCUCCUGCCAUACAAGAGGAAUUUCUAAACAAUUACACCAAGGUGAUGUUCACCAGACAUCCAUUGGAACGGCUGGUGUCGGCUUACAGAGACAAGCUUCUGCACUUUGAGCCAUACUAUAGUACCACUGUUGCCAAUCAGAUUAAGGCAAUGUUCAGGAAAAACAAAAAUUCCUCUGAAAAAGUGAGUUUCCAGGAGUUUGUCAGUUUCAUUACAUCAAAACCACCAAAUACGCUUGACAUUCACUGGAAACCAAUGUUUCUGCUCUGUGAUCCUUGCAACAUUCACUAUGAUAUUCUGGGCAAGUAUGAAACUCUUGGGUUAGAUUCUGAGCAAGUUCUGAAGGCAAUUGGUGCACCAGAGAGCCUGCAGUACCCCAGCUUGAAGAGAUAUGGCUCAGAGAAACGAACUAAUAGUGAUAUCACCUUGGAAUACCUCAGACAAUUGAGCUCAGAACAAAUUGAGAAAAUACAAAAAUUAUAUCAAAUGGAUUUUCUCUUGUUCAACUAUACUGUGAAAUAUGAGAACUAUUUUUCUCUGAAACGUUAAUGCAGCUUAAACAGUGAAAAUUUUCAUUCAUACAAAAUGAGCUGAACUUGUCCUCAAAAGUGCUUGAUUGAUAGGUAUAUUGCUGAUUAUGAGAUUUUAGUGGUGUUAAGAGACAUGGUUUUAUUCAUUGUAAGCACUCUUAUAAGAAAUAUGUACCCUGAUCUGUAGUACAGUGUUCAGCUGUAUGAUUUUUUUUUUCUUUCUGAUGAUCACAUAAAUAUGUUUGCUUCACAAAGACUGUUUAUAAAAGACAGAUUUUUAGUCAGUUGGUAGAAGAGGA